AUGGUGGACGUCCUUCACCAAAACUUCCUACUGUUCCGGUUCGGGUGAAUUCUACCAGAGAACCAAACCGUCCCACCAUGCAAAGAUCUUCUAGUCUUAGAGAUCCGGUUGGAGCUUCUAAUCUUAGAGAUCCGUUAUCACGAUCAAACUCUCUUAGAGCGGUUUCUCCGAGAGGUGGUGUACGUACACCUCAAAGAUUAAAUACUGUUAAUCGGCAACAGUAUCUGCAGCUACAAAUGAAGAAUAUGUCCGUCACAGAUGGCUAUAAUGAUUAUAAUCAAGAUCCGGGUCAAUAUGAUAAUGAAGAUUACAAUCAAAUAAGUCUAAAUGAACAACGUACUGGCCGGACUUCAAGUCUACGAGGUCGUGGAGCUAACGCUCCUUUAAAAGGAUCUAGUUUUAGGUCACCAUUGGGUUUGCAAGGUGGAUUAGCGACACCACCAACACCAGAAGAUGGUGACUAUGAUUACAGUAAUAUUGUGGAUGAUGGUUAUAUUUACGGUGAUGAAGAUGAACCACAAUUUGAAAUGAUCUCACCACCACAACAAAACUUUCAACAAUCAAGUGAAUCACUUAAAAUAGUUUCUAAGGAGAAAUUUUCAUUAAAUAAUCCUUUAAAAAUGAAGUACAAAGAUGAAGAUGGUACAAUGGUUAUGAUGGGUGAUCAAGAAGACCUAGAGAUGGCUAUUUCAAUUAUUCCUAUGUCUGCUACUGAAGUUGGCAAGAUGGAG